AUGGCCACCUCCACCAUGUCUGUCUGCUCUGACGCUUGCACCAACUCCUCCUGGCAGGUGGACGACUGCCCAGAGAGCUGCUGUGAGCCUGGCUGCUGUGCCCCCAGCUGCUGCCAGUCCAGCUGCUGCCAGCCUAGCUGCUGCCAGUCCAGCUGCUGUGUCCCCAGCUGCUGUGCCCCAGCCUCCUGCAUUACUCUUGUCUGUACCCCAGUGAGCUGUGUGUCCAGCCCCUGCUGCCAAUCUUCCUGCUGCUCCUCCUCCUGCUGCCAGCAGUCUAGCUGCCAGCCCUCAUGCUGCCAGCCAUCCUGCUGCAUGACCCUGUGCUGUAAGCCUGUCUGCUGCACACCCAUCUGCUCUGGAUCCUCAUGCUGCCAACAGUCUAGCUGCCAGCCCUCAUGCUGCCAGCCAUCCUGCUGUGUGCCUGUCUGCUGCAAGCCUGUCUGCUGCACACCCAUCUGUUCUGGAUCCUCAUGCUGCCAACAGUCUAGCUGCCAGCCCUCAUGCUGCCAGCCAUCCUGCUGUGUGCCUGUCUGCUGCAAGCCUGUCUGCUGCAAGCCCUGCUCCAGUGUGUCCCUGCUCUGCCGCCCUGUGUGCAGACCCGCAUGCUGUUUCCCCAGUUCCUCCUGCUGUGCCUCCUCCUGCCAGCCCAGCUGCUGCAAGCCCUGCUCCAGCAUGUCCCUGCUCUGCCGCCCUGUGUGCUCCAGCCAGGCCUGCUGUGGCCUCUCCUCUGGCCAGAAGUCCAGCUGCUGCUGA